UGGAGCAGCCGCAGGGGCCCGCCGAGGCGGCGGCGGCGGCGGCAAGAUGGCGGAUUUCCUGCCGUCGCGCUCCGUGCUGUCCGUGUGCUUCCCGGGCUGCAUGUUGACGAGCGGCGAGGCCGAGCAGCAGCGCAAGUCCAAGGAGAUCGACAAAUGCCUGUCGCGGGAGAAGACCUACGUGAAGCGGCUGGUGAAGAUCCUGCUGCUGGGCGCGGGCGAGAGCGGCAAGUCCACCUUCCUGAAGCAGAUGCGUAUCAUCCACGGCCAGGACUUCGACCAGCGCGCGCGUGAGGAGUUCCGCCCCACCAUCUACAGCAACGUGAUCAAAGGUAUGAGGGUGCUGGUAGAUGCCCGAGAGAAGCUUCAUAUUCCUUGGGGAGAUAAUGAAAACCAGCUCCAUGGAGACAAGUUGAUGGCUUUUGAUACCCGUGCCCCCAUGGCUGCCCAGGGAAUGGUGGAAACACGCGUUUUUUUACAGUAUCUUCCUGCUAUAAGAGCUUUAUGGGCCGACAGUGGCAUACAGAAUGCCUACGACCGCCGUCGAGAAUUCCAGCUGGGUGAAUCUGUAAAAUAUUUCCUGGAUAACUUGGAUAAACUCGGAGUACCGGAUUACAUUCCCUCACAGCAAGAUAUUCUGCUUGCCAGAAGACCCACCAAAGGCAUCCACGAGUAUGACUUUGAAAUUAAAAAUGUUCCUUUCAAAAUGGUUGAUGUAGGUGGUCAGAGGUCAGAGCGGAAACGAUGGUUUGAGUGCUUUGACAGUGUGACGUCAAUACUUUUCCUUGUUUCCUCAAGUGAGUUUGACCAGGUGCUCAUGGAGGAUCGACUGACCAAUCGCCUUACAGAGUCUCUGAACAUUUUUGAAACAAUUGUCAAUAACCGGGUUUUCAGCAAUGUCUCUAUAAUCCUCUUCUUAAACAAGACAGACUUGCUUGAGGAGAAAGUGCAAAUUGUGAGCAUCAAAGACUAUUUCCUAGAAUUUGAAGGGGAUCCACACUGCUUAAGAGACGUCCAAAAAUUUCUGGUGGAAUGUUUCCGGAACAAACGCCGGGACCAGCAGCAGAAGCCCUUAUACCACCACUUCACCACUGCAAUCAACACGGAGAACAUCCGCCUGGUUUUCCGUGAUGUGAAAGAUACUAUUCUUCACGACAACCUCAAACAGCUCAUGCUCCAGUGAUGUACAGAAGACUUGCAUUCAGUACCUUCUUGUGUUUUUCUUUUCCGUUUGUCUUGUUUUUGAAAAUAGCAGUUUACAACAGCAAUUAGAAAAAUCUCGGUUCUGUGUUCAGGUCCUUGAAGUUCUAGCCCUUCUGCAGCCUUUGGUUUGUGGCCGGAAGCUGCUGACUAGUACAUUGCCAAUAUCUUUGGAAUUCAGACUUUGACCGGCUUCACCUCAGCUUCCGGUCAAGUCUAGUUGUGACUUCCUGGCCAGCCUCCCACUAGGUGUAUUUCAGGCUUUGAGUUCUACUUUCACCGUGUCCUCCUGCAGUGCCAAGUAUCGGUAGAAUCCUUGAGUACCUGUAGGGAUGUGGUUAGGAGCAUCCAGCUCUGAGGCAGGGCUGAGAGGGCCUUACAGAGCAUGGCCGGCUUGGCUUAAGGGAUCCCUGUUCUGAAGGGGCUGUUACAGAAGGUCUAAUCUAAGGACAGCGUUUAGAUUACAGAGGGGGUUAGCCUUUCUGUUUGUAAUUGCUUACACACAGCAGUGGUUUUGUUUUCAGUUUCUUUAGUUUCUGAAGGUGAUGUUCUUAGUGUUGAAGUUUACAGUAAGGAUUUCAGUCUGAUGCUAUUGCAUUCACAAAUGGUACCAGGGAGCAAAGGACAAGCAGACGUUUCAUAUAGUGUUGUUCAAAAGUAACCAGUGAAAUACAAUUUGCCCUUUUUCUGUUUAAGUAUCAGUAACUUAAUGUGCCAUAUUGAAACACUCUGGCCACACCCACUAGAAAGGGCAGGUACCUUGGUAACAGAGAGAAAUAUACUUGUUCCAGAAUGCUGUGUUGGAAUUUUUGGUUCUGUCUCAGUUGGUUUCGUGCCUUAUUGGAAGAAAUCACUGUUGAAUAUUCUUUCUUUUGCUCUCUGUCCCAGUCUCAGCACAGCUGAACUGUGGCAUUUAAGGGGUUCUUUUGUUAUCCAAAGCUUGCCAAAGUCAAUAUUUUCCUGUGAAACUAUUCAAGAAGGUGUUCUUUGAGUACCCUGCUCAUUCUUAGUGUCUCCGUAGGUGCAGUAUACAUGUGUUUGUUCAGUCACUGCUUAUGAGAUGCCAGCUUUAUUGAGGCAGCUUUAGAUGUGUUAAUAUGACUAAGGAUAAGUAAUCUCUUGGUUCAGAUUUGGAAGAUUGCCUUUGCCCCACCUCUCCUGUACCACUUAACCUUGCCUUUUGCUCCCCCCGCCCCUUUGGUCUUUUUGCUUUUUGACUUUUUGAGACAGGGUCUCCCUACAGCCCCAGCUGGCCUGGAAUUCUGUGUAGACCAGGCUGGCCUGGAUCUCAGAGAUCCACCUGCCUCUGCUUCUGCCUCUUGAGUGCUGGGAUUAAAGCCAUGUACCACCAUGCCUGGCACACAGUACUUUCUAAAUUAAACCAGGCCCCAUGAAGUAGCUUUGUAAUUGAGUCAUUGGUAAUUUGUCAUUGUGAACCAGCAAAGUAACUGGUUUGAAAUACUAAAAUGCUGCUUUGUGGGGUAUUGGCAAUGUUCAAAUUGGCUUGUGAAAGUUUGCAAAGCCUGACAGCAUCGCUGCCUUUCCUGGAAAUUGCAAUGAGACUGAUACCUGUCACUUUACUGUAGAGCUAACUGUUCUCAGGUAAUAAAUUGGUCCUUGAAAGAUUGAUCAACUUUGUUGAUCAGACAGCCUUUCCCAGUUAGUUGCUUUUGGUCCUUGCCAUUGGGUGUGAGAGCUGGGCCUUGCAAUGUACGCACCAGGGGCUUGUUCCUGGUGUACCUGACUUGUCUUGGAUUUGAAAUCUUAUUGUCACUGUGUUUGUAAAUUCCAUUCUUUUCUUGCCUUGGUGAUACAUGUGCUUAAGACAUGUAGUCCAACAACACAGUGCAGGCAUUGUUAGUAUACUUCAUGUAAUAAUUCUCCAUCUAGUGCUUUUUGCCAAAAAUAAAUGCAGUAAUUCAUAGGGUUGGCAUAACUCUAGUACUGAUGAACAUCUGAACAUGUGCACAGUGGCAUUUGGUUUGUUUCACAGAAACUUAGUUUUAGGGUUGGCCAAGACUAACUCCUGUGACAGCAAGUCAGUUACCUCUAGAAAGUAGAUGGGCUUAGAAGGUUAUACUAAAGCUCUGGAUAGGAACCAUACGUACUGCCUGACAGAGCAGAAAUUGCUGGGUUUCUCUGUUUCGGCCAUUACCAAGAAAUGAUAAAAAUCCAACUAGGUACAGUAUCAUUUGGGGCAUUUGCAACUUCCUUCUGAAGCACAUAAUAUAUCAAAACCAACAUUCUUUUUAAAAUAAAAUCUAGAAUGUUUUCAAGCGGUAAAUACUUUACACAGGAUUGUCUUAGACAGUCAAGAAACUGUCAUGCUGCAUUCUUAAAACCAUUUGAAAGGAGUCGUGCACCAGCAUCAUGAAAGCCAGCCCCUCUUUUGAAUGGAAAUAUCAGUGUGAAGAGGGAAAUGAAAUUUAGUCAGUUGACUUGAAAGGUGCUCCUAACUCACUCACUGUGCUGACUUCCCCCAUCCCUUGAAGCUGAAGCUCUAUGAUGUGUUAGAGUUUCCAAAUCUUGGGUUAUCAUUUGGAAUGCAAUGUCUUCUGUUUCUGAUCUGAAUGCCUUCUCACACAGCUAAAGAAAUAAUCACACAAGUGUCUUGGUUGACUUUGAAGUUUUUAAUAUUUUACAGUUGCCUUAUAAAUGAAAGAACACCAUAAAUUUAGACCUUAAUUUUUUUUUAAUGGGAAAAGGGCUUUGUCAUAUGUUUUCUUAAGAUCUAAUACAAGGCACGCCCCUUAAAUAUUUUUAAUAGUCUGAAUCAUUGCUUUCUGACAAAUACUGUAUUACGUUGAUGUCUCCAUUUCAGUUUUAUUAUCUAGGGAGAGUGCUGGGUAGCCAGGGAGAAGCUGCAGACAAGGCGGCCUGGCGGGAGGAGUCUGGGGUUGCUCUCCUUUUGAGGCAUUGGUAGAUACCACACUGGGAGGGUCUGCUGGUGAAUCUAUCCAGUCAGGACUGUUUAGGGAAAUCCUUGUUCAUUUGAUGACAGUGGUUGGUUUAAAGAAGGAAGCAAGACCAUGUUAGUACCAGAAGUGAUGAGACCUGUUGGUUUAACAAAAAUCAUGUGCCCUGUAAUUCAGUCUUAACUUUCAUUGUGUUUCCAAAAAGUUGUAUCUUCUAUUUGAUGAAAUGUGUUCCUCAACAUUAGUAUACAUACCGGUUAUGCCUUAUUUAUAUGAAGAAUAAAAUUACCAAGUUAUGCUGUUAUAUCUUGAAAUGCAAAUCACUAUUUGAAAAACCCUCAAAUUGGUGCUUUCAUUAUUUAAUGAUACAUUUAGGCAAAACCCCAAACAAGCCAUUUGAAAGAAGAGUCUCAGUUGCAGUUUGUAGCUAGUUAUCUGUGUGAGAAGCUAAGUGUCGUUGUUAACAUGAGCUUCCUGUUUGAAUCCAUGCAUCAUGCCUGUAAACCCUAGUCCAACAUUUGUAACAAAUUCCCAAAUAAAUCUAGAGAAAGUCACUCUGCUACCUUUUUAUUUCUUUUAGUUUUCUUUGAAGAAUAAAGUUUUGCGUGUCCUCUUCAUUUAGGAAUCUGACUUAGGACUGGUUGUAUCAUUUCUUACUGAAAUUUCAGCUUGUUAAAUUCCAGGAGAAAUGGGUGACAUGUCCUUUGUUUUGUGCUGCUUGAAUAAAAGCUGUGUUCUCUUUCCUCUCUCUCUUCCUUUUUUCUUUCUUUCUUCCUUUCUUUUUUUAAGAACUAGGAUACAGAUUGGCUUUUCAGUCUAGAAAACAUGAGGGCAGAGGUGGCAGGACUGUGCACAUAGCUCCGUGUUCCAAGUAAAGCACAUGGUGCCUGUUUUCUCAUGGUACGAAGGUAGGACUUAGUUUACGCUGGAGACUGAAAAUUUAAAGCCAACUAUUGGCUUUUCAUUUGCCAACAAGUAGAUGCCAGGCCUUGCCUGGCAGGGGGUUAGAGUCAUCAGAGCAGCAUUUGUACACUAGUAUUCUUCCACAUGCAGGAAUACAGAUCAGCAUUUACAUCUCCAUGCUCACCCCUUGUGACACUCAGGUCGAGCCAUCUUGUUUCAAGUUUCAGAGCUUGUACUGAACAUUGCUUUUUAUUUGUGUGUUUCUGAGACGGUUUCCCUUUGUGCCCCAGGCUGGUUUUGAAUCUGAGAUCCCCUGCUCAGCCCUUCUGAGUGCAGAGAUUACAAGUGUAUGCUACCACACCCACUAGAAGAUUGGGUUUUUUUGUUGGUGUUUUGAAAGCAUAAAGUUAUGACAUGACAUUAUUUUGUGGUGGUAAAGUGAUUUUUGUAGGCCAUGCUUUGUUAAUAGUGUUGGGAAUUUACAAAUGGAUUGAAGCCUGCUGGGACCCAUAAAGCAUAAAUUUUCAGUGACUGGCCUUGAUGGAGAUAACUGCUUACUUGGUAUGUAAUUCUGAUUAGUAUUUACAAAUACAUUGCCAAAGUGAUGCCUGUUUGAUGAAGGGAGGAAGGAGUUAAUGUGUUUUUAAGUACUUGAAAGCAGAUUCGCAAAAUGUUCUAGAUGACUUUACUCUCCUGAGUGAGAGCUCACUUGGCACAGUAGGCCUUAUCAGAUGUAUGCAACAACCUCACAGAUGGUGUACCCAACAAAACACGAUUUGUAUUACUCUGUAUAAAAGUAUUUGUGGCUUAGGAUUUUUUUUUAACAUCUUUUUAUAACCUUCCAGGAACUAAGCACAUUAUCUGAUAUUGUUGUAAAUUUUUUUUUUUAUUUUUGUCAGUGCUUUAGUUCGAGAGUAGCAGUAAAUUAUUUCUACAGGAGGUCUAAAAGUGGAAUGAAUGGUUUGAUUUUAUAAAAUAAGUUGCUAUUAAGGCUUUUUACUUUUGUACAUAUUUUGCAAAAUUUGUCUUUUGCUAUUAAUAUUUGCUUUGUAAAAAUUACUGACAUUUAAUAAACAUUUCUAAAUGA